CUAAGAAGAAACCCAACAACAAAACAUACGGAUUUUCAGAACUGCAUAUUUACAUUACUUCAUUCUUUUUCAUCAUCUUUUUCAAACCUUAAAACAUAAACAUGACACUGAGAUCACGUACGCUAGAAAUCACCGUUAUCUCCAGCGAAAACAUGCGCAUAUCAGAGGACGCAUACGUCGUCGUUCGGGCGGAGUCGUUGAACUGCUGCACUACCAGAACGGCCAAAGACGAUGGCACCAACUUCCUCUCGUGGAACGACAAGUUCCUGUUGGAAAUUCCCGUGCAUGCAAGAUCGAUCACAUUCGAGGUCCAAUGCAGCAAAUUCAAGGGCUUUCGCCCACUUGGGGUGGCCAGAAUCGCUGCCUCCGACUUCCUCGGAGGCGCCGCCGGCCCGGAAAAUCAGUUGCAACAGUUGAGUUACGGGUUGAGGGACUGGGAAGGAAAGCGAAACGGAGUCAUUCACUUCUCCGUGAGAGUGGCACCUCCGCCGCCGCCGUCGACACCGGUGGAGAAAUGUCUCAAACCCGCCGUGGAACAGGCGGUGACCAGAAUGGGUUGCGGUGAUCGAAUCAAGGUCGGUGACAAGACCAAGGCAGUUGUCGUUGGUGUCCCAUUUUGGUGGAACCGUAACCUUGUUUAGAAAUUAAUUUACAUUUUUUUAUUUGUUAUAAUUAUUGAUACCAUUAUUUGUACAACGGUCAAAUAUCGUUUUCAUUGUGAGAAAGAUUAUCAAUCUA